GGUGGGAUUCAGGCGGGUUCUGAGUCUGGACGCUUUGAGAGGAGCUGCAGCGACUCUAUUCAAAUGUGAGAGGAAGGAAGUGACUGACAGCGGCCUACACAACACUCGAAACAGGAACACGCGCGCUCAUGUCUUUAUAAGUCACUGAUCAGAUCGAUGUCAUCAGAGCACAUGAAGCUGCUGAGGCGACCGCUGCCCCCUAUAAAGACAACACACUACAGGACGCCGCCUGCGCCCAAAUCUGCAGGCCAUGAUGAAGUGAGUGAGUUUGUCUGUAGUCCACAGACUCUUCACGAGGAUCAUGAUGAUGUUGUGUGUCGUGUCGCUCCCGUCAUCAGCGGUUUCUCCCAUCAUCCUCAGCGCGCCGCACCUGCGCCUCCGCAGCCUCGCCCUCCUGCGCUCUUCUGCCUCAAUGACUUCCUGCAGGUGAGCGGGUCGGGCCGCGGCUCAGAGGACGGGCUGAGGACGACGGUUCUGUCCCGCUGUAACUACAGGAAGCUGCUGCGUCUCUUCCUGUCGGAGCUGCACUGCGGAUGGCAGGAUGCAGUAGCCAAUCAGACGCUGAGCUGCGAGGGUUUGCCGCCGCCCACACGCAGGAUCCCUCGCAGACAGAUCAUAUGCGAGUUAGCAGCGAUGGUUCAGAUGGAAGCACGAGCACGAAACUCCUUCAGGAGUCAUUCUGGAGUUUGUCGACCGUCUGAAGAUCAAUCAGUGGAUCAACAAUGGAUGACAAUGGAGAGACGGAAGGAACGCACACAACAUGAGCCCUGCACAGCUCAUGAAGUUCUUCUGAACACCGUCACCAGCAAACACUUCCAGGAUUCCCGUCGCUCUCGAUCCCCGUUCCGCUGCGCAGGAGAGCGUGACGUCAUAAACGCAUCUGAGCUCGCUGUCCUCGACUGCGUCACACGAGGAGGAACCACACUCAGCUUCAAGGCUCAUUUCAUCUGUGAUCUUCCUGACGUGUCGUCUCUGUCUGAUCGUCUUCAGUAUCUGAACGUUUCCUUCAAUCACCUCACACGCGUUCCUCAAGAGGUGUGUGAUCUUCAUCAGCUGCGGGUGUUGAAGAUGAGGAAUAACCCCAUCGAGGAGCUUCCUGCUCAAAUCAGCAAACUCCACAAACUCCAGACGCUCGUCAUCUCCUUCUGCAAGAUCCCACAGCUGCCCGAUCAGCUGUAUUCUCUGGUGUGUCUGCAGCAUCUGGACGUGUCUUAUAAUCUCCUCAGAUCCCUCAGCAGUGCCGUCAAACAGCUCAGGUCUCUGAGGUGUCUGAAGAUCGAAGGGAAUGAGUUGGUGUCUCUCCCCGUGGGUCUGCUCCGUGUGCCUGUGUCAGAGCUCCGGAUGUCUGGGAAUUACACACACCCGUUACUGUGGAGCGAGAACAGCUGCAACUCUCCUCAGACGCUGCUGCACACGGCCGCACACACACUCACACACACACCGCAGCGCUACACGCAGCUGCCGCACGCCGCACACAUCCUACUGAACAGUGCGGGGGUGUGUGACGUCUGUACGGGUCCCAUGUUCGGCGCGGGUCUCAAGCUCAUCCGUCCCGUUCGCGGUGUGUUUGGGCUUCCGCUCGUCCCCGUCAUGUUCUUCUGCUGUUCUCCUGCGUGUCUCCACAGAUUCAGGAAUCAAACCAACAUCAUCAGUCAACAACCAGACACCGUUUGAUCAGACGACAGACACU